GCCUGUGCGCGGCUCUUCUAGUAUUUACGGUCGUCGCUCCUUUUUGGUAAUGUCAACAGCAAGGCAGAUACUAUAAUCAGCAGCCGGGCGAAAUGAUUUGCCUCAAUCCUCUUAUUGCACUAAACGUAACUAUAGCUUCGUCAGAUUCAAGUGAGAUGCCAUAUAGCUAGUCAUAUUACUCGCCGCGGCAGCUAAAAGUUUAAUCUGAAUUCUGUUUUCAGAGUGAACUGGAGAUGUCUAGCAGCACCCAGUUGAACAUCCGACAGUGGACCACCAAGCAUGUAGCCAAGUGGCUGAAGGACGAGGGCUUCUGCCACUAUGUAGACCUGCUGUGCAACAAGCACCGUCUGGAUGGCAUGUCCUUACUCACCCUCAGCGAGUACGACCUACGCUCUCCCCCGCUUGAGCUCAAGGUGCUGGGGGACAUCAAGAGGCUGAUGGUGUCCCUCCGCAAGCUGCAGAAACAAAACUUGGACAUCCUGGAGGAGCUGGGGGUCCCGUUCGACGGACACUCCCCUCAGGGUGGCGGUGGGGACUGGCACUGCAAUGGAGACUCCAGUAGAGAGUGUGAUAACUCUAACACAGACACUGCACCGGUUGGGGAGCAGUAUCUUCAGUAUACAAAUGGGAAGUACAAGCAUGGAGGGAGCAGGAGGCUGGACCCUGAGUACUGGAAGACUGCGCUUAGUGCCAUCUAUGUUGUGUUCGUUUUUGGAUUUACCUCCUUCGUCAUGGUGAUCGUGCACGAGAGGGUGCCGGACAUGCGCACCUACCCGCCCUUGCCAGAUAUUUUCUUAGACAGUGUACCUAGAAUACCAUGGGCCUUUGCCAUGGCAGAGGCAUGUGGAGUGAUCCUGUGUAAUAUCUGGCUGCUAGUUCUGCUGCUGCACAAGCACAGGUCAGUUCUGCUGCGGCGCCUGUGCAGCCUCAUGGGGACAGUGUUCAUGCUGCGUUGCGUCACCAUGUUCGUCACCUCUCUGUCAGUGCCAGGACAGCACCUGCAGUGCUCAGGAAAGAUUUAUGGUGACAUGUGGGCAAAACUGCAUCGAGCUCUGGCCAUCUGGAGUGGAUUUGGAAUGUCUCUCACAGGUGUCCACACAUGUGGUGACUACAUGUUCAGCGGUCACACAGUGGUCAUCACCAUGCUCAACUUCUUUGUGACAGAAUACACACCAAGGGGUUGGAACUUCAUCCACACCUUAUCGUGGGUCCUAAACUUGUUUGGGAUCUUCUUUAUCCUGGCGGCCCAUGAACACUACUCCAUCGACGUCUUCAUAGCUUUCUACAUCACAACCAGGCUUUUCCUGUACUACCACACGCUGGCUAACACCAGGGCCUACCAGCAGAGUCGCAGGGCCCGCAUCUGGUUCCCCAUGUUCUCCUUCUUCGAAUGCAACGUCAACGGCCCUGUGCCCAACGAGUACGGCUGGCCAUUCUCUAAACCCGCCAUGAUUAGGAGGAUGAUUGGGUACUAGGUGGUAAAGGACACCUGUCUGCGACGCAGCCAGAAGAACAUUGAUCUCAUCUAAUAGACACUACUGGUGACUUUGAGCCCUGUCGUGCUAUUUUUGCUACUGCCCUCUGAAAGAAGUUGCUAACUGUGGUUAUGUGAUGUCAACUUUAUAUUCCAAUAUCUACAAGAGAUUGCUAACUGAGAUGGCUUGUGGGAUCCUAUUGGUGCCAUGGUGUGACCGUGUACAGACAGACUCCUCAUAUUCUGUCCCAUGUCAGCCUGUUAAAAGGGAUUAAAGUAAGGCUUGUGUCUAAAUUGACAACCUAUUCCUCAUGUAUUGCACUACUUUUGACCAGGGCACAUAAGGCUCUGAUCAAAAGUGGUGCACUACAUAGGGAAUAUGGUGCCAUUUGGGACUCAUCCUUUCAUCAAUUUUCUCUCUUCAUUUGAAAAGGGAUUAGUUAAAAAAAAAAAAAAAUCCCACAACUUUUGCCACAAGAUCAAUAAUCUGGUUACAGAUAUGUAUGUGCUUUAGUCAGUGCCUCUUCUGUUGUUAUGGUAUACAUUCUGUUUAUGGCAUGACGACAAACUCGACAGAGGAGUUAGUCAAUUCCUCUUCUGUUGUUAUGGUAUACAUUCUGUUUAUGGCAUGACGACAAACUCGACAGAGGAGUUAGUCAAUUCCUCUUCUGUUGUUAUGGUAUACAUUCUGUUUAUGGCAUGACGACAAACUCGACAGAGUUAGUCAAUUCCUCUUCUGUUGUUAUGGUAUACAUUCUGUUUAUGGCAUGACGACAAACUCGACAGAGUUAGUCAAUUCCUCUUCUGUUGUUAUGGUAUACGUUCUGUUUAUGGCAUGACGACAAACCCGAUAGAGGAGUUGACUAAAGCACAAACUGAUCUGCUACUACCAGGCUACCAUUUCAAUGCUUAAGGGCUCAGACACACCAAUAGGGUUUGCUGGUCGGGAGUAGUUAGCACCUCUGAACAUAAUUUGCUAAACCAAGUGCACACUCAUUUUACAUGUAGAAUUGCUUGAAAAAUGUGAAUGAUCUGCAGACUAACGCUAGAUGCACAUGUGUUGCAAUGUGUGUGAGUCUUAAAAGCUCUUGCAAUCUGUUAGAUAAUGGGGGAACAGCAAGUUAUAGGUUUGGGGAAACAUAAAAGCAGAAUUCUCAGGCAGCCUAUUGUAACCAAACACAUUAUUUUAAGUCAGUAAAGUUUGUUGAAAUCUAAAAUUCAACAGCGUUAGUGAAAUAGGCUAUUGUGUGUUCACUAGAUAUCCUGAGAAGUUAUGGCACUUUUCAUAAUAUUAUUGACAUGUUUCUUUCAAUGUUUUAUCUGGACUCUAGUUCUAAUACAAGUAUGGACCACCUUAAAGGCAAUAUCGAAACGUCACAGAUGAUACUGUUGCUGAAUUUAUGUAUAGCAAUAUCAUAGUUCAAGAUGUUGUGGCCGGUCUUGUUACUUGUUUGCCAUUGUUUCUUUAGGUAGUGUGUAAAGCUUCUGCAUUCCUUAAGACACUACUGUGGUUUUGACAGUAUUACUAGAAUGCUGAUUGAGUCAUUCAUGGCUCAUUUUGAAAUGAACUGUUUUGGUUUCCUUUAUAAUAUUUGUAUUGUUCAGUUAUUACCCUGCCUUGUCCUAACGAGACCUUACCGUAACCAGGGUCGUUACUUAGGAGAUCGCAAAAAGCAGCCAAAACUAUGGAAUGGAAAAUUGUGAACAAUUGUUUUAAAUACCAUUCCAUUUGCCAAUAGCUUUAGUUGUUAUAGUAACAUUGUCUGUGUAGGUAAUGCAUAUCUCAAUUUUUUUUUUAGUUUUGUACUAGCUUGUAAUUUAGUAAUUGACCAAGAUUCACGAUAAGAAUAACAUACAAGGAUAUCUACAAAGUAAUUGGGGGGAAAAAUGUAUUACUUCUUCCAUAGACUUACUUUUGACUGCAUCUUAAUUUAUUUCAUUUGGUAUAUGUAAAUAAAAUUAAAAUAGGUAUUUGAUGUACUAAAAGGUUAUUGCAACAUGCACUUAAGCAGGAAUAUGUUUACAGUUGUGCGGAACUAUAUUUGUUUGAAACACAAUGUGCUUUUAUGUAUAGGAUUUAUUUCAGAAUCACCCUUUCACCCAAAUAAUUGAAAACAAAGGCAAAGCAUCACAAAGUCCCCCACAGUAACUCAAAUCAGGUCUGAAACUGCCAGUGAUGGUAUUGGUUACAACCCACUUAGUACAUAUUUGUAAAACAAUGAAGUAUUACUUCCCACUGGUCACAAACGCGAGUUCAACAUCUAGUUAUGAUUUACAUUUGAUUGUGUCGUCGACUAACAUGAAAUUAUACAACACGUUUAUACACUACAACACGUUUGAUAACAUUUUGCAAAUCCAAUCAGUUUUCCACAGUGAUUCAACGUCAUCACAUUUGAAUGUUUUUAUUGAAAUGGCAUAGAAACAAUGUUGUAUCAAUCCGUUUGAGUCCAGUGGGUUUUGUCCUAUAUCCAUCCCAUCAUAUUUUAUUUUGAAUUUCAGCUGUGGAAUAGUUACUUGGUACUACUAGGCCUAGAUCGUAACCCGUUACUAGUUGAGUCUUUACCCCCCCCCCCCACAUACCUUUCUUAUAAUUCCAGCUAGUUCCUAAUGUAUAAAUCUUUUGGUUUGAGUAAUGCCAGCUCGUGUGCAUGCUAGCUAGGUAGCUAGCUGCAAAUUCAUAGUUUUCUGCUAAGAUGUUAGAUACAUACUUAUGAAUGAUGGCUUUUCUCUCUUGAAUUUGUUCUUAGUUGUCACUUUUAACCCCUCUAAUAAAAUGUUACUAAUCCUUAUCACCGGUGUGGUUAUAGCGGUAUGUUACUUAUCUUCAAGAUACAGUAAUUGACUACCAAUGUAAUGAAAAUGUAGCAAUAACAGCCAGUGUGGUUGUAUUGGGUUAAUCAAUAAUGUCCUGCAAAUGACAUGUCUUUACCAUCAUUAAACAGUAGAAAUCAA